AUGGCGCAGGGCAAAGGUGUCGAAAUGGAUGUGGUUGAGGCGGCUGAUGCAUACUUCAAGAAAUUCGAGAUCAAAUCCUUGUUGACUCAGAUCCUGAUAAAGCUGGGAGAAGAGCAACCGGAGGAUCCGGCACAGGCAAUCCGUGCUCACCUUGAAGUGUCAGAGCUCCGUGCGGGCACCGGCGGAGCAGUCGUUCAACCAGUGCCUGACGCAGACGAAGAGCAUGAUGCUGACGAGAGCCUCUUCCAGGAUUUGCUCAGAGUUCUCGUGCAUGAGAAGCUACCAGGUAAAGACCGUGAAGGUGGUGAAGAUCUCUCAAAAAGAAUGGCUUGGGCAGGUGGCUUUAAUCGCAGUGUCAUGGAGUGCUGGGUACCACAACCAUCGCCGUGCUGUGCUUGUGCUUCCGUCGCUGGUGCGUUCAAUGCUUUGUGGCGGCUGGGGCGUGGUUCUCCGUCUGGAUGCACAAUUUCGGAGGUUGCGGAACUGAUGGCUGCAAAUUUGGAGAAAUUGAACAUGCAGAGGCAGCGGCGGCUGGAAAGGCUUCUGGGAGUUCCAGAAGGGGCUAUGGAAGAGUUCUGCCUCGCACUAGACGAAGAGCUGAAAGUGAAAUGCCUCAGCUGGACCGGAAAGGGUGAGCAGGGUGUGCAGAGACAAGUUGCAAUGUCCACCGCUAGAGAUUUGCUCAGCCGCCGGCAUCAAGAGGUCGCGUCCAUGGGACCCACCGUGUGUGGGGAGGCAGAGGCUGCAUCUGAUGCGGCUGGUACCGAAGACGUGGUCCACAAGCUCGACAUCUUUGAAGCAUUGCGCGAGGUGCUCGGAGACAAAGCGGCUCCCGAAGGUCCUCUGGAAGAUACAGAAGAGAAAGCUCAGGAGGAAGAAGAGCCAGAGGCUGCGGAACUGGUGGUGAAUCCUUUCGAAGGUCCAAAUUUAAAGCAAGAAAUUUGGGAAUUGCUUUCAAAGCGCCGAGGUGUCCUCAGGCUCCGUGCAGAUCGGCCAAAUACAGCGGCAGUGGGGACUCCUGCCCUCCGACAAGCUGCAGAACAGCUCUCUUUGUUGCGCACCACGGAAAAAAUCAAGACUGGAGUAGUGCUGGCCCGGAUGAGAAAACCAAAUAAUAUAAAGGCGGCGGCACUAUUGGCAAAAACUGACACCGAAGCCGACAUACACCGGCAGUGGUGUUGUUUGAAGAAUUCCUUCAGCAUGCCCAACAGCGUCCUGCUCUUCCACCUGACCAACCACUAUGCUCUGGUUUUUGCAUGGAGGGAGUGGCAAGAGGAGGAUGAG